AUCAGCUUCGCGUGACGGCCGGCCUUACCGAGUCGCGAUUAGAUAUUUUUUGUUAAAAAUGAUUAUCUAAUUUUAACGUAACAACAUAUAAGUGCGUGAAUGGAAAAAGUAUAAGAUAGUAGUGAAUAUAAAAAAAUACAUGAAACUGGUAAGUAUGAACCAUGGCACCAAACAGUAAUCGGCAGCAGAUUAGUUUUCCAAAUCUUCCAUACCCAUUAUUACGUGAUGAGGAGCCAAAGUCAGGGCACGGAUGGUUAGCAGCCAAACGAAUACAAGAUGGUGCUGAAGGCCUCUGGAGAAUACAUGAUAGUCUUUACGAUUUGACAGACUUAAUAUCUUCACACCCAGGUGGCUCGCAAUGGCUUGAAUGUACUAAGGGCACAGAUGUAACGGAACAAUUCGAGACCCACCACAUAAAAAGCGUCGCAGCUGAAAUCCUUCCUAAAUACUUUGUUCGCAAGACCUCUGCGCCUAGGAACUCCCCAUUUACGUUCAACGAAGACGGUUUUUAUAGAACAUUGAAAAUGAAAAUAGCUGCAAAGCUCAAAGAUGUACCAAAGGACGCUAGGAAAAAGAGUGACUUUGUUAGCGACGUUCUAUUUGUUUUAUUGUUAAUUGGAAGUCCUUUGUGUUGCUGGACUUGGACACAGCAUUUGUUAUUGGGCGCUCUGUCAACGGUUGUUCUUGGUUAUUUGCUGAGCGCCCUAACAAUCUGCGCACAUAAUUACUUCCAUAGAUCUGACAGCUGGCGGAUGUAUCUAUUCAACGUCAGCGGGUUUUCUUAUGCAGACUGGAGAAUAACCCACGCUAUGUCACAUCAUCUGCAUACAAACACAGCGCAAGAUAUCGAGCUAAGUCUCGUAGAACCCUUCCUUCAAUUCCUGCCAAACCCAAAUAAACCAAUUUGGGCCCAAAUGGCUGCGUUUUAUUAUCCGAUCGUAUUUGCUUUCACUUCAUUGGCCGUUCUGCUAAAAGACGUUGUGCUAGGCGUCGUCGGUCAUCAAGGUGUGAAAAUAUCAUGGACAAAUAUGAUUCCAUUUAUAGUACCCGUAUGGAUGUGGAUUGGUAGUGGCUUGUUCCUUCCAUGGGUGAUCGUCAUUUGGAUUGCCACAGUGAUGAUCAGCAGUGAAAUCUUCAUGAUCUUCGGCUUGACCGCUGGUCACCAUGCUCAUAGUAACUUCUUUGAAGGCGAUGUACCUAGAGAAGAAUACCUGGACUGGGGCAUUCAUCAGCUCGACACGAUCAUCGAAAGGGUAGAAUAUGCUGGGAACCACUACAAAUCCCUUACAAGAUUCGGGGACCAUGCCUUACAUCACCUGUUUCCAACAUUAGACCACGCAGAGCUCAAAUACCUUUACCCGACUCUACUUGAACAUUGUGAGAAAUUUGAAAUGCAACUGCGAAUGACAAACUUCUACCAAGCUCUCCUAAGCCACAGCAAACAAUUAAUACGAAAACGACCAAACAAUUUCACGAAAAGAAAACUCAUUUCAUAAUAAAUUGUAAAGACUGGGCUUAUAGUGUGUCGUAGGGACUGAGAGAAUCAAUCCAUUACAUUACAUUAUCAAUUAUUUAAUAAAUUAUGAUAUAACAUUGGGACUGGAUUAGAAAUGUAUACGUAUUUUUAUGUAGAAAAUAAAUUAUGUAUUACAAUACCUAAGUUAAGGAUACAGGCUGUUAUUUUAGAAGUAAGAAUCACUAAGUCAUUUUUUUUUCAUAAUAAUAUAUUUCAUACGGAUUUCGGUAAUAUUGAUGUGGUUAUACAUUAGCAUAUUAAUUAAUUAUAUAAAUUAUAAUAUGUUUUUAAGGCCUAAGUAUUAAUUAUCAAGUUUAUACUUUACAAUUUUUCUUUAUGACCAAAUGACCAAUACUUACCUCAUUGGAUACAAUGUAAAAUUAUGAAGACAUAAAUAAAGUUAUUUUACACUGCA